CAAACCACAAAGAAGCAGCCGGCAGUCUUUUCUUUUUCUUUUUUUCUUCACGCUCGGAGGGAAAGACGGCAUCCGGCCCGAGAAGGAGCUCCGAGGUCGGGGACUCCGGUCGGAGCAACGUCCAUCGGUUCUGGCCUCCCCUUCCCGAGAGCUCCAUGGAGAAGAUGAAGAAGUUCAAGCGGCGUCUCUCUCAGACGCUACGAGGCAGCCACACCAUCGACGAGUCUCUGUCGGAGCUGGCGGAGCAGAUGACCAUCGAGGAGAACGGCCUGAAGGACAGCGAGCCGAUAGUGAGGAACGGUCGCCCCCCGUCGGCCCACAGUGUCCACUCCUUCCUCCACCAGUACACGGGCUCCUUCAAAAAGCCGCCGCUGCGACGGCCGCAGAGCGUCAUCGGGGGAGGCCUGGGAUCCCUCAUGGUCAUGCCACGCAACGGCAGUCGCCUCGAUAUCGUCCACGAGAACCUGAAGAUGGGGUCGGACGGGGAGAGUGACCAGGCGUCGGGGACGUCCUCGGACGAGGUGCAGUCGCCCACGGGCGUUUGUCUGCGGAACCGAGGGAACCGGCGCAUCUCCGCCGAGGACCUGAACAAACGUCUGUCUCUACCGGCGGACAUCCGGAUACCUGAUGGUUACCUGGAGAAAAUGCAGCUGAGCAGCCCGCCCUUCGACCAGCCGCUGAGCCGUCGCUCCCGCAGAGCAUCACUGUCAGAAAUCGGAUUUGGGAAACUGGAGACCUACGUCAAACUGGACAAACUGGGGGAGGGCACAUACGCUACGGUGUUCAAGGGGAGAAGUAAGCUGACCGACAACCUAGUGGCGCUGAAGGAGAUCCGACUGGAGCACGAGGAGGGGGCUCCGUGCACGGCCAUCAGAGAAGUGUCACUACUGAAGGACCUGAAACACGCCAACAUCGUGACGCUGCACGACAUCAUCCACACGGAAAAGUCGCUCACACUGGUCUUCGAGUAUCUGGACAAAGACCUCAAGCAGUACAUGGACGACUGCGGGAACAUCCUGAGCAUGCACAACGUCAAGAUUUUCUUGUACCAGAUCCUGCGAGGAUUGGCGUACUGUCACAGGCGGAAAGUUCUCCACAGAGACCUGAAGCCCCAGAAUCUGCUCAUCAACGACCGAGGAGAACUCAAACUAGCGGACUUUGGCCUAGCGAGGGCCAAAUCUGUCCCCACUAAAACCUACUCUAACGAGGUGGUCACUCUUUGGUAUCGGCCCCCCGAUGUGCUGCUGGGCUCCUCUGAGUACUCCACUCAGAUAGACAUGUGGGGUGUGGGCUGCAUAUUCUAUGAGAUGGCCGCCGGCAGGCCGCUGUUCCCCGGCUCAACGGUGGAGGACGAGCUCCAUCUGAUCUUCAGGCUGCUCGGCACUCCCUCUGAAGACAGCUGGCCCGGAAUAUCCUCCAUGGACGAGUUCAAGUCCUACAAGUUCCCCAAGUACAAGGUUCAGCCGCUCAUAAACCACGCCCCCAGGUUGGACAAUGAUGGCAUCGACCUGCUGAUGUCAUUCCUGAAGUACGAGUCGAAGAAGAGAAUAUCUGCAGAUGAAGCGAUGAGGCAGCCGUACUUCAGGAGCCUGGGGCCACGUGUGCACACGCUGCCAGAGAGCAUAUCCAUAUUCACACUGAAGGAGGUCCAGAUGCAGAGAGAUCCCGGCUACCGGAACUCCUCCUACCCCGAGUCAGGCAAUGGAAAGAACAGAAGACAGAGCAUGCUGUUUUAGAUUCUCUGGACUGUUUAGUUAUUUGAGAAGAGUCACCAAGCUGUGCAGCCUCGCCGAUGGAUCAGUGACCAGGAAUAGAUGUUAGCGUGGAGUUUCGUCAUCAAGCUACUGGUGAAACUGGUCUACAGUGCCACAAAGCUCCUCCCCCGGUCCGGCCCCCAAAGAGACAUUUAUAUACUGUACAUCUAUAUUUAUUGAGAAGAGAAUUUGCUGCUAAAUCCAACUACUGUCUAGAAUUCUAACUGACUCAGUCACUUUAAUGAGUACAUGCAAUGUGUAUAGAUUGUUUAUUUCUUAAUUAUUUUUUUUGUUUGAAGUGGUAUUUUAAGAGAUGUUUCCAUUUUCAUACGGAAAAAAACCUCCCCAGAGAGUGUUUGGGUGUGAGGACAAGCAGAGGGACGUUUGUGUAGCAACUCAAAAGGGUUUGAUUUCCUCUCCUCUCAGCAGCACCCAUCACGUGUGACUUUGUACUCCGCAGGUCUUUGAGGCCAGCUUUAAUAUAACUGCUGAUGUUAUCGUAGCUCGAGGCUAAUAAGUUGGGUUCCCGAACACAAAGAUCAAAUUCUUGUCAGAUGCCGGCGCAUCAUUCCAGGAUCCUCCAGUCUGUUAGUGGUGAAUCCCCAGUGUCUGAAUGUGCUGCAUCACCCAUGUGUUCUCCACCAGCUGUAGAAGGAUCCUUCCCCGGAUCCGGACUGCCUCCAUCAUUGAUGCAUGUCCGCUCUGUUGUGUGAGAAAGAACUCCCAACGCGAGGUGGUGGAGGAGGUGGAGGAGCUCCGGGCCUCCUCCUCCUCCACCUCCUCGGGAACGCCAUCCUCAGUCUGUCUAUUUAACAGUGUUACAAGAGAUCUUUUGUAAGAUAUUCUUUGACUUUAUUUGUUGAUAAUUGUUAUUGCCGUGGGAUUCCAUUGCAGAUGCCGUCCCACGUCAGCUUUUCCAGUACAGAAAAUUAAAUCUGAAGUUUAAAGCAAA